AUGUUGGGAAUGAAGCCUAAGACCACCGGAAUGCCGUCACCGGCAAAACGAAGCACCGCCGGCAGAAGAGGCGGCGGCGGCUCAGAGGCUGCGGGCUGGGAACUCAGGCCAGGAGGAAUGUUGGUACAAAGGCGGAAUUCAGAUUCAAAUCAAAGUUCAAUCCCAGUUCCCACAAUUAAAAUCAGAGUGAAAUAUGGUUCAUUCUAUCAGGAAAUCCAUAUUAGUUCUCAAGCAUCCUUUGGGGAGUUGAAGAAAAUGCUGGCAGGGACAACAGGGUUGCACCCUCAGGAUCAAAAAUUGAUAUACAAAGACAAGGAGAGAGAUUCAAAGGCCUUUCUUGAUGUUGCUGGGGUGAAGGAUGGAUCAAAAAUGGAGUUGGUUGAGGAUGUAAUGAGCAGAGAUAGGCGGUGUCUUGAAUCGCGCAAAAAUGCAAAGAUGGAUCAGGCAUCAAAAGAGAUCAAAGAAAUUGGCUUGGAAGUUGACAAACUUGCUAAGCAGGUGAAGAUAGUGCAGAAGAACAUCGAAAUUCUUGAUAUGCUGAAGAUUAGAAAUUCGAUUCUUGGCAGCAAUGGGUCUAAAACCCCAUUGCAACAGCACCAAAAGAUCUCAACUGGGCAAGUGCCAAUACUAGUGCAAAAUCAGAAGGAGAAGAGGAAUUUGACAGGCCAUAUGCCAGGGCCAGUCGUGGUAACGACAAAAUGGGAAACAUUUUGA